AUGCCCAUUGACUUCCACCUGUCCGCUUCCCAGAAGGGAACCUAUCAAGCUGCCCGGUCUUUGGCCCGCAAUUUGCUGAUGCCAGCCCGGCAAACCUAUCUUCAACACCCACCCAACUCCCCUCUACGCUUCCAAUCAACACAACCCACUUAUGCCGCCGCGGUUUCUGCGGGGAUUCUCAAGGGCCAAAUCUCCCCUGCUCAUGGAGGCACUGGCGGCACCCUCAUUGAAUCCGCCAUCCUAGUAGAAGAAUGCUACUCCGUCGAACCCUCCGCCGCGCUCACCAUCUUCGCCACUGGUCUCGGCCUCACACCCAUCAACCUCGCUGCUGGACCUCAGCACGCAGAAUUCCUUGCCCCUUUCCUCAGUGGUGAAGGUAGCCCCCUUGCGUCUCUGGUCUUUUCCGAACCAGGUGGCGUAGCCAAUGCCCUUGAAAAGGGCGCGCCAGGGUUCCAAACAACCGCCCGGCUGGAAGGAGAUGAGUGGGUCAUCAACGGAGAAAAGAUGUGGGCUACUAACUGCGCAGGCUGGGAUUUCAAGGGGUGUGACCUUGCUUGUGUCGUUUGCAGAGAUGCUACUACUCCGUUGGAAGAAGGACAAGAUCCAGAAAACAAGGUGAUGAUCAUUUUGGUUACGAGGGCUGAUUUGGAUAGGAAUGGAGAGGGAAGCUUUGAAGUGUUGAGACAUGUGGCUACACCGGGACAUACGAGUGUAUCGGGACCUCACGUAAGGUAUACUAAUGUCAGAGUUCCGACGAAAAAUGUACUUUGUCCGGCCGGACAGGGAGCAAAGGUAGCGUUUGGAGCCUUUGAUGGGAGCGCUGUUUUGGUGGGGGCAAUGGGGGUUGGCUUGAUGAGGGCUGCUUUUGAUGCUGCGCUAAAAUUUGCCAAGGAGGACAACAGAGGAGGGGCAGUGCCACUGCUGGAGAGGCAGGCUUUUGCGGAUCUGUUGAGCGGGGUAAAGAUACAGACUGAAGCUGCGAGAGCACUGACAUGGAAGGCUGCUCACGCUAUGGAGAAUGGACCGGGUGACUAUGAUGCCAGGAGGGAACUGGCUCUGGCGGCCAAGGUGUUUUGCAGUGAGGCGGCUGUUAAGGCUUGUACGGAUGUGAUCAAUGCAGUCGGGAUCUCGGCAUACGACCUCCAAAGGCCAUUCUCGGACCUCCUAAACACAGCUGUGGUGUUGCCGAUCUUUGAUGGUGGAAAUGUUGGAAUUCGUAGGCGCCAUUUACAGCAGUUAAUGCUGAAACCAACGUACGAUGCCUGGUCAUCAACGUAUGGUAGUUUUCCUUGA